GGUUGAGCCAGAAUAGUCCGGGCACUCGCCAAGAUCAUUCAUGCGCACACCGCUUGUGCGUUGAAUUUCUGAUGCAAUAAGCGUCUGUUUUUUAAUAAUCAGCUUUAUUUGUCAUCGUUUAGGGAAACCCAGUAAAAUUAUUUCAAAUGUUUAUAUGCGCGUGAGGAAAGGGAAAACCGAAGGCAUCUUAUCGCCAUUGUUGCCUGUAGGAUCUUAAUAUAUAUAUCAAUACAUUUCAUUAUCAUAAUUUGAUGUGAACAACAUUAUUGAUUAAAUGCAUCCUGCGUGAACUAUAACAGACUCAAUACUUAAUUAUUGUACACACACGGUCAUAUUAUCGAUUGCUUCAAUUAUGUUGAAUGUUUAAAAGGUUUAUUUUUCACUGCAGUAGUUUGCAAGCAUUAUCGAGCAGAUGAAAGCAUUCCUGAAUUCAACUGCAUACAUACAUCUCAUCGUUCGCUCGUGUCGUGACAUAGUUUUCGACACGAAAUCAGUCAUAACUCUUGACUUCUUCUUUUCUCUCGAUUAGCGAUAAAUUCGCAUCAUCAUCGCGUCUCAAAUCGACCAGAUGAGAAUUUACGCAGACGUGUGUAUUAUGUACACAAUUUGCGUCACUUUAUGUGUAGUUCCAGAAGGAAAUUAGGCUUUGACGUUUCGUAAUUUAUCAGACAACGAUAUGUUCGAGAAAAAUUUCGUAACAGUGCGCGAAUAAGAGACGCAUCUUUACUCUCUCUCUCUUGGACAUUGCGCUCAUUAGCGUAUUGUUUAUACUAGAUAUAACAGUGCUAGUCAUACUUUGUACAUAUGAGAGAAUGGGUGGGCAACAAAACGAUGCAGACAUCAUCGAUGAUUAUUGUAUUUUUUCGAUGAUCGAUGUAUUCAAUACACUGGCGACUGUGAUCCAGUUUUCGGAAUCAGUGUCAAAGUUUCCUUAUGCGACAAUCUCCGAACUUAGUUUAUUGUUGUUAAAUGCGUCAUUCGUUCUCUUUGAAAAACUUUAAAAUGCUGCUUUGAUCGGAACGUUUAUAUUUUAAGGUGAUUUUACAAAUUCUUUGAUAGACUAUUUUCACUCUCGUCAAAGUACCAUCCAUUUAAAUUAUUUAUUUGAAAUGUCAAUUAUGUUUCAGUCUGUAAGAUUUGUAUAAAAACGGGGUUAACCGAGACAGUGAUAAAAGAAUUACGUCGUGAGAGUUUGCACGUCCGCAUCGAUUGAACAUUUCUAUCGAAAAAAAAACAUUAGCUAUAAUUAUAGAACAUGACGAUGUAGUCAUAGUAAAUUCGAGAGAUAUCAUAUAAGUAAAUUGAAUUAUAUGUAUACAUAUAAUACAGAUGCAUAAACGUUAUGCUACAUAUUCUAUGAGCUAAUAUCUCUUCGCUAUAGUUUAUAGUAAUUUCUGUAAUAAAAGUGCAAUACUUUAAAUAUUUUACGUUCACUUUACGGAUCCCAAUUCUGCGAGUUCCCUCUUCAUCUUCACCGAAUCUUCGCUCAAUCGUUUUUUUUUUAAUUCAGGGUUAUCGGAUGCAAGAGCUCAUAUAUACAUGUAUGACUCUGCCCUUGGCUCGAUAAGAGCUGAGAGUCUAUAAGAAAGAGAGUCGGCGACAGCCGUAUUAUAAGAUCUCGUCAUCGUAUUCUUUUCUAUUUCUCACAAUGUAUAACAUACUCUUGUACGCGAUCUUAUGCGUGCUUAUUAGCAUACAGUAAACAAAAUAUCUAUAUAUUUCGAGCAGCUGGGGGCGUAUGUUUGUUCGUGUGGGAGUCUCCUGAUAUUGGUUUUGCGGUAUACACGCUGUAAGACAUCGUCACGGUAUACGUAGUGCACACUUGGGUACAUAAACUACGAAGCGCACUACCUGAUGGACCUCGUCAGCUAAUUUAAGACUGAUAUUCAAAUGUGCGCGCCAAAAACUACAGAGCGUGCUAUAUAUACCUGGACUCCGUCAUCGGUAAUGAAGUCGCUAGACACUCUUUUACGCAGCCAGGCUCUUGAAAAAUAAGAAGUAGACAAAUUGCGUUCAGCAUACUUCAUUCUGCAAAAAAGUUUGUUAUUGCAGUAGCCUUUGUGGCACGAGACUAUUAUUUCUAUUAUAAAUAUGAAGGAUGUCUUUUCGUUAAAUUAAAAAUCAUAAUCAUACUAAUUUGUUGAUUACUUCGGUUUCAAAACAUAUAUUUUGGAGUGCUUUUAGUAUUUAUGCGACUCCGUUUAAAUACAUAAUUUAAACAAGUAGUAGUAUUGAUUACAGAGAACAAAUAUAAAUAUAUCGAUGAUUAACAUUGUUUAUUGGAAAAAUCGAAACGAUCGAUUGCCGUUUAUCGAUAUUCAAGAUAAGUAAUAAGACUGGAUCUUAGAAUUCUCACGACAGUGACAAGUUCGAAACCUUAAUAGCCGGACAGUGCUUACGGUGAACGGUCAGUCUCUUCAAAUUUCGUAAUUCAGUAUCUACACACCGAUAGUGGCAGUCCAAACGUUCAGCUCAAAUAUUCAAGAUGAGAAAAAUAGUGCUCUUGAUCGUUCAAAUGUGUUUUAUUGUUGGAAUUAUAGCAGCUAGUGAGUCCGAAAAAUCGUCAACACAAGAUCGCGAUAAUACUGAAGAUGAGAUAAAGUUUAGCAGCGAUGAAUUCCCGCCUGAUUUCCAACCCUCGCGGACGGACAAAAAAAUAGGCUAUGACCAUCAAGUCGAUAAUAAUGGUGAAAUCAUCGAAAUAAACAACAGAAAUAUCAUCAAUCCACCGCCGCGUCCUCGUUGCAAACGUUGCUACAGACUUGAUUCUCAGAAUAGGUGCCGAAGAAUCGUCGAGUGUGUGCCUUAAUUCGAAAAGAUAAAAGUAUGAGAAGAGAUUUGAUGUAUAAUGUGUAAGCAAACAAUCGAUUUUAAAACAGUGUAAUAAGCAUUUUUAAUAGACUUAAACUGAAACAAUCAUGACUGAUGAUUUUAAAUGACAAUAAAUUUGUAUGAAUAUGAUUUUAAAUCUGUACUUGUACUGUACUUGUAAAAUAAACGUAGACAUUUCGUAGUUACAAGUGUGUUUUUAUUUUUUUUUUAUAUUUAUCGGUGACCCUAAUAUUAUAAUUAAAAUUCUAUAAUUAGUUCUUUUUAAAAUCGUUAUUAAAAUCGCUUAUUGGGUUAUUAAAAUCACUUGAUUUUACAGAAAUGCGUCAUAUCAAAUUACGAUUGACAAAUCUUUAACCGUCUUUAUACAUUUUUCUUACAAUUGACCGGGAAUGCUCAUAUAAAAUAUUGUGGAUCAAUGAUAUUAUUCUGGAAUAACCAGAAAGUAUAGAUAUGAACUAUUUUCAUUUGAUGUAAACAUAUUUUAUUGAGAUGAUAAAUAUGUCAAUCAAAGUGAAGUUAUUAUAAUUAUAUUAUAUCUAUACUACAUAUAGCAAUAUACAUAUAGUAUAGUAUAUGCACCACUGAUUAACACUUCGCAUGAUUAGAUUAUAAUCACAAUUUCUAAAAUAAUCAUUAAAUUUAGGUGUUUGAAACUUUUUGAUGGAUUGGAUUAUAUAUUAACACUGUGUUGUGCAAAAUGUUAUAAUGCUAUAAAAAUUAAAUUAUUGCUGAUGAAAAUGUCGAUGAUUCAUAGCUAAACCAUUUUUCACAGUUAACAUACAAAGCUUUUAAUAAUCGAUUGCGCUUUUAUCACAUAGAUAAAAUAAAAUUAUCAGAUGUUUAUAAGGUGACGAUUUUCACCAACGCAGUAACAGUAGAGAAACUGUACCGAUCGAACGUUCCAUAGGAAAUAAAAUUAAUUUAAAACACUUAUUUAAGUAAAACGUGCAAAUAAAAAAAAUUAACAUGAAUAAGCUCGUGAUUGCAAGUUUGUUGUUGAGUUUGAUCUUAGUGGCAGUUUCGGCAGAAGGCAGCAAAGAGGAUUAUUCAAAGUUCGAAAAUCCUGAACUAUUGUUGAGCAUACAGAAAUUCAAUGACGAACAGUAUAGAAGAUCUCGCCCUGAUAUGGGUACAGAUAACGUUAUAGAUCCUCCAAUGCGAUGCAAACCAUGUUACAGACCUGAUGCUCUUGGUCGUUGUCGAAGAAUUAUUGAUUGUGAAGUUAGGAUGUGAAGAUCCCAGAAGAAAUCAGUAUUUUGAAGAUGUAUAAAAAAUGUUUGCAGCUCUGCAGAUAGAAUACAAAUUAUGAUAUUGUAGGUCAAGAUUAAAAAACAAACGUUACAUUUCAACAAUUCAACUAGUCAAAUAAAAAUAAAUCUAGACAUGACACAAUAUUGCACAAUCGAGAACAAGGUACAAUUAUCUAUUAAUUUUUACAGAAAGUUAUAGGUGUAUUAAAUAUAAAUGUUAAAAAUGUACAGGUGUAAGAACAUUAAUUUGAGAAAAUAAAAUCUUCUAAAGUACAUGCAAUGAUAUGCAAGCAAUUAAAUAUAACCGGACCAAUUACGGGAGUAUUCCUGUUUUGAAACACUUCAUAGUCUUAUAAAGGUUUAAAUAAGUCAAGGCAAUCGAAUAUAAUUCAUAACACUGUAUGAGUAAUUUUUUUUAUAGGUUUGGUAUACAUUCAGUUAAAAAUUAAAUAGUCCUUUCUAUUGAAAAAUAAAAGCUAGCUUUCGUUAAGAAUAUUCUUUUUCGUUUUAUUUGUGGUAGAUUUAAGAUUUCAUGAUUCAAUUUUUUUUGUUAGUUCGCCAUGUGGACCAUUUUGUAAACGUUAUUGAUAAUAGAUAAUAGAUAAAAGGUCUUUGUAUAAUUUGAUAACAGAUCAGAAUUUACAUAGUUGCAAUAAGCACGCAUAUCAUUAACUUAAGCUGCGAACACAUCGUUUCCAGGAACAAAAGAAGGCAAUUCGAUUUUUACAAUGCAAAGAUAUAAAACAAAAACAAAAAAAAAAUAAUUUGGUGUGUCUUCAAGUCAAUCACGUGUUAGCAAAAUUAAAGAACAAAUUUUUCUUUAAAUUUUUUUAGGACCAAAAAUAAUGUUACUCUAAUUAAUGAAAUCUAUAAAAUAAUAUAAAUUGGUAAUAUUGAACGUACAUUUUGUCGAUAUAUAUACAUCAGUAAUCGAUCAAUCACUUGUAAUCCUUGAAAAUUAAUAUACUUAAAGAUUAAAUAUUGCAAGUAAAAACUUUAGUCUACGUCAACAGCAACGUAAUCGCAAUAAUUUUUUUAGAUAUAGAUCUUUUAGGCACGACCGCGACACGGAAGUGCCUUAUAGUUUCGUGUGCGAAAAAUGUGUGAGAUGCGAUAUCUCAUGCAAUUUUCGACCGAUCGGGCUGAAAUUUUAGGAAAAGUCUCCUUUUGCGAAAGCUAAAAAACUAUUUUUUUUAUCCCGACCCUCUACGUCGUUUUGAAAUGCGGGCACAAUUUGUUCGAUUUUUAAGCGUUUUUUAAAUAAAAAUUUUCCUGUAAUGCAAUUCUCUCGGAAAGACUUUAAUCAAUCGGGUUAAAAAUUUGUGUGCGAACUCCCCUCGUAAUACUAAGCUGACAGAUUUAUUUUGGACUUGAUCCUGCACGUAUACGCAUAAUGCGGUCACCCCCAAAAAUAGCUAAAAACGGAUUUUUAGUUCUAAGUCGAAUUCUAAGCAUUCUACAAAAAAAAGUUAAAUGGAAAAGUUAUAGAUCUUUGAAAAAUACAACUUUUUCCCACUAACAUCAAAUCAUGAAAAUGCUUAGAACUCGAGUUUACAGCCCAAAAUCGAUUUUUUACACCCUUAUAGCUUUCUUUCUUUUUAAAUUGAUUUUAUUUUUUAUUUUUUAUUUUUCUAGAAAAUGUCUGAAUUCAUUAGAGUUUCAAUCACAUCAUUGGAUUCCUUCAUCCAAAUGUUCUUAAACUUUUUUCAAAUUUUAUCUAAAAAGACAAGGAUUUUGUAACAAGUUUGGACUCAAUGCAACAUAUUAAUCAACCCAAAGUAAAAUAUGGUAGUAAAAUUUGUUUAUCCCUAUAUGACUGUUUUUUUUCUCUCCACCUGACACAAAAUCCUUAUAUACUCAGCGAAUACACACAACGCGCAACGUCGCGACCAAGUAAUUUCUGAAUUUUUUCUACCUUCGCUAUAGCAUACUAGUUUUAACAUGGGCGAGUUAUGUGCGUGGCAUUCUCCCCAAGGUAGCACUGCAGAGAAGAUCUCAUCAUUGUUAUAUAAUUGACAUUUUUUUAAAAGAUGCCUAUACAACUGGCUAUUCGAAGAAAAUGUUUGAGAUGAUGCGCCAGUAAUGCUAAUUAGAGUAUUUAAUUUUCGUCGAAAUCCAAGGAUGCAUAAAAAUUUCACAGUAUAUUCAUAUCAGUGAAUGAACAAAUCAUAAAAUCGGUUAUUUCGAUUGUUGCGAAACGAAUAAAUUAUAACUUAUCGAUACUCGUGGAGCCGAGAGACACAGUCUUAUUUACAUUGUAUAGACAAAGCAAAGAGUAUUGGACGAUUCGCAUGGGUAUUGGGCAUGGGUUCCUCAAUUGUACUUCAUUAUCUCGGCGUCGUCGGCGAGCUAUGUGACAGAGACGUACGUACGGUAAUCGUUAUACAAGAAAUACGACGUUUUUGCAGGAAACCCAUAGCCAACUGCACCGCAAGCGCCAACUGAGCUAUGUUUGCAUAAGCCAUGCAAUAAGUCUGUAUACUACUGUAAAGAGUCGACAAUUUCAGCUCUACAAUCUCCGCUGAAUAAACGACGUUCAUCGAUCUGGAGUUACAUAAUCCCACCUAUACUUAUAACGUCCCCCAUACAUUGGCUCAUCCUCGAAGCAUCUGUCUCUUCGCACAUCCAUCGGUCACGUAACAAAUCCCGCGCGCAAAAAGUAAGAAACGCGCGACAACACCAUGACACUAUAAUGAGAAAUAAGCACACAACAUCCCACUAUCCUGCAAACCUUGCACGUAUGUCUAUACGCAGAGGCGCACAGACAGAGAGAUAUGCCUUACGUAAACCCCUAUUACCUAAUUUAUAUGCCAACGACAGAAGGAGCGCGGAUCUCUUGCAACCUCCUCCCUGCAAUUAUUGUAUAGCCAUCAGCGCACGCGAGCCGGUCGUCCUUGGAUUUGCGAGCGCGCGCAUACAUUGUCCUAUGCUCACAUAAUACCUUUAGCGCCAGAAGGGACUAUGCGCCGUUAGGAUGAUGCACAGACGCAUAUCCGUCGAACUCGCGGAGCUUGCGCGCAGUCGAGGCUCUAAGCGCGUACGGCUUCCCCGCUGCAUGGGCUGUCGCAGGUACAGCUGCGGACGCAGGGGAAAAGGAAGAGGCGAGAGAGCCGCCGGCUUAUCGGGUUUCGUAUCGAACCGCGACGUGAACUGCUCCUGCUGCAGGUUUAGUCCGUAGAGUUUCAGGCAAGCGUUGCGAUGGACGAUAGAGCCGGGCGACGAUUUUCCUGCGUGGGUGGUAGGUAUUAUAUGCGCACUAUAUUGCGGAGUUAGUUGUAGUGAGAAGUUACGGUGUGGUUUUUCGGUGCGGAGGUCAUGGAACUUAUCGUGCUGCAGUAGUUACGUCACACGAGUGCUCAGCUUGGUGAAAAGUUCAACCCUUAUUGUUAAUGGGGAUUUAGAAUACUUGAGUGCUUGCGAGUCCGUGCCACGGCGGUGGAUAUAUGCUAUAGCAUUGAAGUUUUGAAUAAACAGUGCCAAUAUAAGUAGACAAUCGUGUCAAUUAUUUUUUCUGUCAUAUACAAUAGGAUUUUUAUUUGGUUUGGAUCGUCCAAUCGGUAAAACCUUAAACCAGUACGUAAGUUGCGCGAUCGCGUGCAACAGAAUUGCGUGUGCUACUUGAUUUUCAAGCUCUAAAUAACGAGAAUGUCUUGCUUAUAGUGUCGCGAUGGAAACUAUAAAAUAACUAUAUUCCGGCUCGCGAUUUCCCUUUGAACAAUACGGUACUAUAAUUGAAAUUAUAGUACCGUACAAGGCAAUCGUCCUAAUUCCUAUCUCGUGCCCGAUUUAUUGAAGGCAUCAAUUACGUCGUUACACCUGCACUACAUAGCGCGACAGAAACCACAGCGAAAUAGAUAUCAGGAUGCACGUUACGUAAACAUCACAUUGUAAGAGUGCUUCCCACAACACCGUUAUUCACAGCUCACAAACAUCUAGGUGAAAUUCUCAACCAGUCAAAACAACUGCCCAAAAGCGUAUCGUUAUUUCGAUUGGAGCACUUUGCACUUGACGAUCGACAAACAAUUUUCUGACCAAUACACAUCGCACGGGCGCACGCGCUGCCGAUAAUGAGCCGGCCGACACGCAAUACACGAUUUUGCAUCGCCCUCGAUUUGUCGCCCGCGACACGAUGAAAGACAAACACGUUACUUUAAUCGGCGGUGUGUAAAAAAUUCUCUAAAAAUACUUCUCUAAUCACACAUUCGAUUUCAAAAUUAAGAAAAAAAAGAACACCCCUCAGAUUAUCGCAGCGUUCUAAAAUAAACAAAAAAUAUUGGAAGCCCUUCGAAGAGAGCACUCAUUCCACACGAUGAUCUGUAUUAAAAUUUACUAUUCCAUAGGAAGCCACAACAGCACGUGUCUUCUCCUCGGACAAGCUUUAGUCUCACUCUCGCCUAUACACAAGGGGGAUCUCGAGCGACGAUAAGACUGUGCGGCCGACGAGGGAACGGCGACUCUUAUCGGACACAAGUCGGCGGCGGCUGCUACCGUCAGCCUUUUUUUUCUCCACUCGUAUACCCGAGGAAGAAGGAGAGAGAGAGAGAGAGAGAGAGAGAGAGAGAGACUCGAGACUCGACGCCCGCCUUGUUGCUGCAGCAAAAGAGGACAUCCGCGCGACGCUCGGAAACUGGCGGAGACAUGGCCGACCCGACGAUACAGACCUUCUGUUGCCAUCACAAUAAUCGCACGGAUAUGGCACUUAUUAUUAUGGAAGAGUUCAAUACAGACGCCUACAACACGGUCUGCAUGGUCUCGUCGUCCAUCGGUAUUCUCGGGGCUAUUUAUCAGGUUUUACCUCGACAAGAAUCAAAUUUAUCUCAGCGAUGGCAGGGCUUUUCCGCAGCCAGAGGCAGGGAGAUCAUCAUGUGGCUCGCCGUAGCCGAUCUUCUGGCUUCGCUAGGUAUUACUGCAGUAUGCGUAUUCAUCAGGUCAGCUCUGUGGAUGAACUUCCGAUCCAUAAUGCCGAUGGAGGACGACACGUCCAACGUCGUGUUCUGUGCUAUUUCCUCCGCGUGGACGCAGUACUUUUACAUGGCCACGUGGAUCUGGACACUGUGCUACGCCAUCGACAUGAAACUGCUGUUAGGUGAACGGGUUGGACGACCUCUUUGGUACCACAUGUUCGCCUGGAUAUGUCCGGCGAUCCUCACCACGUUUGGUCUCACUAUAUUGUACGUUCCGGAUGCCAACUGCCACAGCUUGACGUCGUUGUCGUCCACAAUACUGCGCAUCCUUCCCAACUACUGUGCGACUUACGUUCUUCUCGCCAUCGUCAUGAUAGUUAAUCCAGCCUUGUAUAUAUCGUCGACCAAAGACUUGAAAAAUGUGGUGACUUGCAGCAUGGCGCAGAUGACGGGGAGAGAGCGCAAGCUGGUCCAGAGUGUCAGACUCAAAUUUGCCAUGACCAACGUCGUCUAUUACGUCUGUUGGAUACCCAAUCUGCUGAACGGAAUUUUGCUGUGGACGCUGUGGUUUCAGCUGCCGGUCAAAGUUAUUAUUACUCUCUGGUACAUCAUGGCCGUCACGAAUCCGCUGCAAGCGUUCUUCAAUGCUCUUGUUUACAAGAGAUGGGGCAGGCGUGAGAAGUUUCGCCUGGAGUGGUGUCAUAAGCUCAAAAGACUGAAAUCGAAUUACUUUGGACACAGCGAGGCCAGCUCCGAUGCCACAGAGUCGUCGCCGUUGCUCAACGCGCAGUACAGAUGCACACCGCACACGAGCAUCAACGGGUCGUCGUCUUUAUAAUGACUGUGAUAUAGCCGAAUUGGCUCAAUCGUAAGCAUCAACAUACCUAUUUUUAUGAAAUAUUUUGAAAACACAACGAUAGAUAACGUAGAAGCGUCUAAAAGAGAACCGAACAAAUAGUCGAUCUACUCAUGAUUAUGAUUAGCGUCUACGAGAGUUCAAAAGACUUCAGGAAAAAAAGAGAAUUCAGUAUACAGAGACUACUUACGACGGAGCAAAAGAAUAUUGACAGAGUUACAUACGAUAUAAUUUUAUUCUGCCCGAAUCAAUUAUUACGAUGUUUUUUUUUUUUACAAAUUAUAUACAUUUAAAUACAGGUAUUAUAACUUUUGUACAGCUCGUAGAUUAUGUCGUAACUGCUGUUAUUUAUGAUUUACAUUAGUUUAGUUAUUUAUAGAUGUUUAGCGUGAAAAUAUCGAAACGAGCGUAUUAUGUACAGGCGUUCACAUCAUUAGUUCAUUUGUCGAUGCCUUACAAAUGAUUUAAUUACGACUCUCAUCGCCGUCCAUGUAAUAGUUUAGCACCGUGUAAAAAUGUAUUUUUUAAGAAAAUAGAUACUUAUUCGUUAA